AUGUCUGAACGUCAGAAAAUCGCCAUCCUUUCCGUCUACGACAAGACCGGUCUGCUGGACCUGGCCAAGGGCCUGGUGAAGAACAAUGUGCGGCUUCUCGCCUCCGGCGGUACUGCGAAGCUGGUGCGGGAGGCAGGAUUCCCCGUGGAGGACGUUUCGGCCAUCACCCACGCCCCCGAGAUGCUGUCGGGCCGAGUCAAGACGCUGCAUCCCGCGGUGCACGGUGGAAUUCUGGCUCGAAACAUCGAGUCGGACGAAAAAGACCUGUCUGCGCAGGGCAUUGACAAGGUGGACUUUGUGGUGUGCAACCUGUACCCUUUCCAGGACACGGUGGCCAAGAUCAACGUGACGAUCGAGGAGGCCGUGGAGGAGAUUGACAUUGGCGGCGUGACUCUGCUGCGAGCCGCAGCUAAGAACCACUCGCGAGUCACCAUUCUGUCCGACCCCCGAGACUACCACGCCUUUCUCAACGAGCUCGACCACGGCGCCAUUUCGGCCGAGACCCGAAACCGGCUCGCCCUCAAGGCGUUCGAGCACACCGCCGACUACGACUCCGCCAUCUCUGACUUUUUCCGAAAGCAGUAUUCGGAAGACCUGUCCCAGAUGCCUCUCCGAUACGGAGCCAACCCCCACCAGAAGCCCGCCCAGGCGUUCGUCCAGCAGGGUGAGCUGCCCUUCAAGGUCCUGUGUGGCUCGCCCGGCUACAUCAACCUGCUGGAUGCGCUCAACUCGUGGCCCCUGGUCAAGGAGCUGUCGGCCUCGCUCAACCUGCCCGCCGCCGCCUCCUUCAAGCACGUUUCUCCCGCCGGAGCCGCCGUGGGUCUGCCCCUCAGCGACAUUGAGAAGAAGAUUUACUUUGUCGAGGACAUUGAAAACCUGUCUCCUCUUGCCAACGCCUACGCCCGAGCUCGAGGCGCCGACCGAAUGUCGUCCUUUGGCGACUUUAUCGCUCUGUCCAACAUUGUCGAUCUCCCCACCGCCCAGAUCAUCUCCAAGGAGGUGUCUGACGGAGUGAUUGCCCCCGGCUACGAGCCCGAGGCCCUGGAGCUGCUCAAGAAGAAGAAGGGCGGCAAGUACUGCGUGCUGCAGAUCGACCCCAACUUCACCCCCGGCCCCGUGGAGACCCGACAGGUGUACGGCAUUUCGCUGCAGCAGAAGCGAAAUGACGCGGUCAUCUCCUCCAACUCCUUCAAGGAGCUCGUCUCCAAGAACAAGGAGCUGCCCGAGCAGGCCAUCAUCGACCUCACCGUCGCCACCAUCGCCCUCAAGUACACCCAGUCCAACUCGGUGUGCUACGCCAAGGACGGUAUGGUGAUUGGUCUGGGAGCCGGCCAGCAGUCCCGAAUCCACUGCACCCGUCUCGCCGGCGAUAAGGCCGACAACUGGUGGUUCCGACAGCACCCCAAGGUGCUGGCCUUCAAGUGGAAGAAGGGCACCAAGCGACCCGACAAGUCCAACGCCAUCGAUCUCUACGUCUCGGGCCAGAUUCCCCAGUCCGGUGUCGAGAAGGAGGAGUACGAGGCCAAGUUUGAGACCGUUCCCGAGCCUUUGACGGCCGAGGAGCGAAAGGAGUGGCUCGGCAAGCUCACCAAGGUGGCUCUGUCCUCCGAUGCCUUCUUCCCCUUCCCCGAUAACGUCUACCGGGCUGCCCGAAGCGGAGUCAGCUACAUUUCCGCCCCCAGCGGCUCUGUUCAGGACGAGGCUGUGUUUGCCGCCGCCGACAGCUUUGGCAUCGCCUACGUGGAGAACAACAUCCGACUGUUCCACCACUAA